GGUAUCCGAUGAUAUUUGAAUCCACGCACCCGGAAAACCUUCUGAGAUUCCAGAUCAAAGCCUUCAACACUGCUACCAUUAGCCUAGCAACGACGCGCUGCUUAAACCCUACAAACAAAGAAUCCCUAGGGUUUCAUCGAUUGAAAUGUUCAAAAAGUUUACCUCAGAAGAUGUAUCAGGGCAAAAUCAAGUCAAAGCUUCUGUGCAAAGAAAAAUUCGACAAAGUAUUGCUGAUGAGUACCCAGGAUUAGAACUAGUUUUGGAUGAUCUGCUUCCGAAGAAGUCUCCGCUCAUUGUUGCUAAAUGUCAAAAUCAUCUGAAUCUGGUUGUGGUGAACAAUGUGCCACUGUUUUUCAACAUACGGGAUGGGCCCUAUAUGCCUACGCUACGUCUUCUUCAUCAAUAUCCAACCAUUAUGAAGAAACUACAAGUGGACAGGGGCGCAAUAAAAUUUGUUCUUGCUGGCGCAAAUAUCAUGUGUCCUGGUCUUACAUCUCCUGGAGGGGUCUUAGAUGAGGAAGUGGGUGCAGAAACACCAGUGGCUAUAAUGGCUGAAGGGAAGCAACAUGCUCUUGCUAUUGGCUUUACAAAAAUGUCAGCAAAAGAUAUAAAGGCAAUCAACAAGGGUAUUGGUGUGGAUAAUAUGCAUUAUCUUAACGAUGGUCUUUGGAAGAUGGAACGUCUAGAUUGAGUUUGCAUCCUUCUCUUUUUUAGGUUCUCUUACUCUUUCCAUGUAAGUUUUUAGCCAGCCUGAACGAACGUUGGCGAGACUUGUUUGUCUUAUUGUAUUCGUAUACUUGUAUUUUGGACUCCAUGAUUGUUUGAUCUUUUUUGUUUUCCUUUGGUUUAUGUGACAUUUUUGCUCUUAUAACUCUUUGGUCCUGGGUUACUAACUCCAUGGUUAUAGCUCAUUUGAGAGUGAUUUGUUUA